AGUACAAAGAGCAAAGAAAACGUGUUUGGCUUAUCAAUAUAUCCUCCUUUUCUGUACUGCUCAACUGUCCCCUAAACCAACCCUAGCUUCCUCCUCCUGCAUCUUCUUCUUCUUCUUCUUCUUCUUCUUCCAUGGAGACAUUAACAUUCGUCGUCGGUGUGAUCGGGAACAUAAUCUCAGUUCUGGUGUUUCUUUCUCCGGUGAAGACAUUUGUGAGGAUUGUGAAGCAGAGAUCGACGGAGGAAUUCGACAGCCUGCCUUACAUAUGCACGCUGCUCAACUCGUGCCUCUGGACGUACUACGGAGUGACGAAGCCUGGGAGUUACCUUGUGGCUACUGUCAACGGUUUCGGAAUCGUGGUUGAGCUCAUUUACGUCGCAUUGUUCCUUGCCUACGCUGCUACUCCAAGGAAGAGGGCUCGAACAGGCAUAUUAGCUGGAAUUUUGGACGUGGGAGUUUUUGGUGCAGCUGUAUUAGCCACAGCUUUGCUGUUGGAAGGGGAGGCUAAGAUCAAUGUAAUUGGAUUUGCCUGUGCUGGCCUUAAUAUCAUCAUGUAUGCCUCUCCUCUUGCUGCCAUGAAAACAGUGGUAACACAGAAAAGCGUGGAGUAUAUGCCAUUUCUGCUAUCAUUCUUCCUUUUCGUGAACGGAGGCGUUUGGACAUUGUACGGCGUACUUAUGCGGGACUUGUUUGUCGGAGUUCCAAAUGGGAUGGGAUUUUUGCUGGGAACACUUCAGUUGGUGCUCUAUGCAAUUUACAGAAAUCACAAACCAGCUGCAACGCUCUUACCAGCUCAUCAUCUCCACAAUUCCCACACAGAUCCACUGCUUCCACCCUCUUCUCAACAAUUUUGAUUCAUUCAUUCAUUCAAAUAUAUAUAUAUAUAUAUAUAUACAUUUUCUUGUUUCUCAUAAGUUUUUUUUUUAUUUUUGGUUAUUAUUAACUAUCAUUAAUUUUGUGAACAAGGAUAGAUUGAAAGAUUAUAUAUAGUGUAAUGCUUGAGAAACAUAUAUUAA